ACAGAUAUGAGUUCAUCAUCGACAAAUGCUGGAGUAUUGAUUGCUCCAUCUGUUACAUAUAGGAUAGAGGGCUCAUCCGCCGAUCAAGAGCUUAAAGUGUUUGAUUGCUCAACAGUACAGAAUGUGUUUGAUGGAGUCUUUGAUCUAUCAGACAAUGAUGCAUUAUAUUACAGAGAGACAUUCUUUAACAAAGAACAUUACAACUUCUUGGCUUCAACCCAGCCAGAGAACCCUAUAUGUGUAUCAAUAGUGCUGGAACAGGAUGGCAAGCACUAUAGUGUACUUAUAAGAACAUCAGCCGGUAAUGAAAGGAUGCAGGUACCAGCAGAGACAGUCAAGGCAUCGUGGUGGAGAAGACUAUUUAGAGCAGGACCAUCACCUUAUGAUAUGCUGCGAUCAAUCACGCCACAGUACUACAAUGGCAUGCGACAGGUUGUCGAUCCAGCCCUGCCACAGGCUCUGCUCAACCUCGAAGAGAAGCAGACCAUCAAGGGCUUCAAGUUUGGUAUCCUAUAUGCAAUGGAGGGACAGACCAAAGAGGAUGAGAUGUUUGCCAAUGUUGACUCGAGUCCAGAGUUCGAGGAGUUCCUGGACUUCAUUGGCGAGCGAGUACCAUUAACUGGAUGGACAAACUUUAGAGCAGGACUGGAUGUUAGAUCUGGAACAACUGGUACACAUUCAAUCUAUCAACGUGUCAAUAAUAAUGAAGUGAUGUAUCAUGUAUCUGUAAUGCUACCAUUCAAUGUGAAGGACAAGCAACAAUUGGAGAGGAAACGACAUAUUGGCAAUGACAUUGUAGUCAUUGUAUUCCAGGAUGGCGAUACCGUUUACAGACCAACCACUAUCAGUUCAAGACAGGUACAUGUCGUGCUGGUGGUCAAGGCCGUUCGUCUCGAGUCUGAUCCAGGCCAGCGCUACUAUCGUCUAGGCAUCGUCUCCAAAGAGACCGUUCCCGAGUUUGGUCCAGCCAUGCCAGCCAACGGUCUAUUCAAGAAGGAUCAAGCAUUCAAGGACUUCUUCUAUGCCAAGUUGUUGAAUGCAGAGAAGGCAUCAUACAUUGCACCUAUACUCGAGAACAAACUGUCACGAACAAGGAAGGCUUUGCUCAAGGAUGUUACCGAGUCAUUU